AUGAAGCCUUGUGGAAGUUUUUCUCAAACACCGGCCGAAUCUUCAAGUGAAGAAGAAGAAGAAGAAUACAUUGACGACGAAACGGAAAGUGAAAUUGAUUUUACCUCUCAGGAUAUGCUGAAAAAUAUUAAUGGUAUUAUAAAAUUAUGCGAAGAAAGUUGUAAUAUCAGAACUCGAAACAGAAGCACGUGUACAGUAUUUGCUAUUGAAGCAUGUGCAAGAAGAGCUGCAAGUUUCACAGUGCAAGAACUUGCAGAAUAUAUUGAUUUCAAAUAUUAUGAACUUAUCGGUACCAAAAAGACAAAUACCGGUUUAAUUCGGUCAGCUGAGAGUGUCCGUCUGGACAUGAGAAAGUGGGGAAUCAACUACUCAGCAAACGGUAACCGUUCAUACUAUACCGGUCAUGAACGUCCAGAUGUUAUUGAGCACAGGAAGAAAAUAAUCGAUUAUUUUUUAGCAAGAGAGAAAAUGUACUAUCGACUAACUGAAGAUGAUGAUCCACAAUGGAUAACGACACCUGUGAUUCUUAUUAGUAAGUUUUGA